UGAAAUUGACUUGAAUGUUCACUGAGUCAUCAUCUUCCUUCCCUUCUCUCCAAGUUCUUGCUUUUCAUGGAAAAGCAUUUCAAAAUGACCUCACUUGCUCUUCUCUCUCUUAUCACCCUUCUUCACUCGAAAACUACAUGGAGCUCUGUGUCUGCAACUGAAUUUGUCUACAACACAGACUUCAAAUCUUCUAACAUUUUCCUAUGUGGAAACUCUUCUAUUCAGUCAUCUAUUCUGGUUCUUAGUAAUCGUAGUUUCUUCUCCAUAAGCCGAGCUUUUUACCCUUACAAAAUACCCACUAAAGCAGCUAACUCUUCUACUCCUCUUCCCUUUGCAACUUCCUUCAUUUUCUCUAUUGCUCCCAUUAAACAUUUUCUCACUGGUCAUGGCUUUGCUUUCAUAUUCUCACCUACUAGGGGCUUAAACGGCACGACCUCAUCUCAGUACAUUGGCUUUUUGAACUUCACUAAUGAAGGUAAUCCUCAAAACCAUGCUUUUGGAGUUGAGUUUGAUGUCAGGAAAAAUGUAGAAUUCAAUGACAUAAACGACAAUCAUGUUGGCAUAGACAUAAACUCUCUUACUUCCUUUACUUCACAUGAUGCGGGUUACUGGGGUGGGGAAAAUGAUAAGGAAUUCAAGAGGUUGAAGUUAAACAAUGGAGUAAAUUACCAGGUCUGGAUUGAGUUUGUAGAUUCACAGUUUAAUGUCACAAUGGCUCAAGCAGGAAGAAAAAGACCCAAAAAACCUCUGAUUAGCAAAAAAAUCAAUCUUUCAGAGGUUUUUCUAGAUCAAAUGUAUGUUGGGUUUUGUGCAUCGACGGGUCUACUGAUGGAUACUACAAGAAUCAUGGGUUGGAGUUAUAGUAAUUCAAAUUUUUCAAUAGGUGAUGCUUUGAUCACAACCGAUCUGCCUUCAUUUGUGCAUCAGAAAGGGUUUUUUUCUGGAUCAAGAGCUCCUUUCAUAGGCUUAGUUGUUGUCUGCAUGAUACUCAUAGGCUGUGUGUCUCUGGGAUGCUUCAUUUUAUGGAGAGGGAUUGGCAAAUCAGAGGAGGAAGAUUUAGAAGAAUGGGAGUUAGAGUAUUGGCCCCAUAGGAUUACUUACCAAGAGAUUAUUGCAGCAACAAGUGGGUUCUCAGAAGAGAAGGUGAUAGGAAUAGGAGGGAAUGGAAAAGUAUAUAAAGGGGUCUUGCAGGGAGUAGAAGUUGCAGUCAAGAGAAUCUCUCAUGAAACAGAAUCAGGAAUAAGAGAGUUCUUGGCUGAAAUUUCAAGCUUGGGAAGACUGAAACACAGAAAUCUGGUGAACUUCAGAGGUUGGUGCAAAAGAGAAAAGGGAAGUUUCAUAAUAGUCUAUGACUACAUGGAGAAUGGUAGUUUAGAUAAAUGGAUCUUUGAAAGUGAGGAAGGUAGAAAGUUGCUGACUUGGGAAGAGAGGAUUCAAGUUCUAAAGAAUGUAGCUUCUGGGAUUCUAUACCUGCAUGAGGGUUGGGAAGUUAAGGUCUUGCAUAGAGACAUCAAAUCCAGCAAUGUUCUACUUGACAAAGAUAUGAAUGCAAGACUGGGAGAUUUCGGAUUGGCUCGCAUGCAUGAUCAUCAUGGGAAGAUAGCAACCACAACAAAAGUGAUUGGAACUAUAGGGUACAUAGCCCCAGAAGUGGUCAAGUCAGGAAGAGCAUCAACACAAACUGAUGUUUUUGGUUUUGGAAUAUUAGUCUUAGAGGUGGUUUGUGGCAGAAGACCAAUUGAAGAAGGUAAGCCGGGGUUGCCUGAGUGGUUAAUGUCCCUAAUGGAGAUUGAUGAGUUACACUGUGCUCUUGAUGAGAGGUUAAAGUCCAAAGGAGGAUGUGACAUUGAGGAGGUGGAAAGAAUGCUUCGUUUGGGUUUGCUUUGUGCAAAUUCUGAUCCCAAUGUUAGGCCUACAAUGAGGCAAGUGGUUAAUAUGCUGGAAGGAGAAUUUGAAGGCAAUGAGACAGAACAGAACAGUAAGGGAGAGAAUUUGCUUGAGAAAAUAAAAUCAGCAGCAAUGUGGUCUGAAACUGCUCUCGCUUUUUGUAACACAAGACACCCAAGAUUUGAGGACUUGAUGUUCAGUUCUUAUUCUAAAACUUCUGGAAGUAACUCAUGUGCCAUCCCUGACUCAGAGAUCAUCCUAGAAGAAGGGAGGUAGUUGUUCGGUUAUGACAGCUUUUGGUUUAUUCAUUUUUCUUUUUGUAGAAAGUAUUCUUAGAUUAGAUAGAUUUGGUUUGCUAAAAUUGAUAAGCAUAUAGGACAAAAAAAUCUCAACCGCGCAGUUUUGUCAUUCUAUAUAUCUGCGUUUAAUCCAUGCUCCAUAUAUAUAUUUGGGAGCGCC